ACAUGCAACCAAUUACCUCCACACGCACAUUCAAAGUAUUUCAAUAAGAACGUAGAGCUCCGUUUCUGAUCGCACGUGGUCAAACAUGGCGCUCUCCGUGAAGCAGGAAGACGUAAAGCAAGUACCAUGGUUUUCGCUAACCGAAUGGCACCAGGUGUACAGGCAAAUUUACUCCAAUGACAUGGUCGAGCAGAAGAAGGCAUACGAGAUGCUACUCGUGUGGAAAUCAAGGAUGCCAAAGUUACCUGUAGGGGUCGACUGUACUCUUUCUAUCAUGCAAGUCUGUCUUAGAGACCGUGAAUGGACUCCCAAAAUUAAUAGCGGGGAGUUGCCUAUUAGUUAUGAAAACGAUUUGUGCCUGAUGUACUCUACCACGAUAAUGAGAUUUUUAAAUCAUAUAUCCAACAUAGGGCAUACGAAGCAAACAUCAUUGUUUCAGAUUGCCAAGCAACUCAAUAUUCCAGAGUGGAUAGUGAACUUGAGGCACGAUACAGCUCAUGGACACGAAUUGCCAUCCAUUGGUGUAUUGAGGAUCGCGAUAAACAUAUUAUUAACUUGGUUACAUGAAGAAUAUUGGAUUACCGAAACAAAAAGGAUAGAAGAAUCCAUUGUCACCUCAGAAUCUGUAAAUGAAAUUCAGGAAACUGAGGAGAUUCAAGAAUUUGGUGACUUAAUAGAACUCUGGACUGCUGUUAGUUUAUACAUUCAUGCUGGAUACUAUUUAGUAUCAGAUAUUCCAGAUCCUCAACUCAAGGAAACAUUACAAGACCUGCGUUUGUAUGCUAUGUCCUUGUCGCAACAAAAUAAUGAAACCAUAGAAAAUGAUAAAGAUAAUUUUGCAGAAACUGCUAGCGACGACAUACGAAAGGACAAAAAGUAUACGUUAGCGACUGCGAGAUACGUUCUUUUAUCUGAAAUCUCUAGAUAUCUUAGCAAAAAAUCGAUUCCUAAUAAAAAGAACGUAGUUUGUAACGCACUUUUUAAUUCAGAAGCUUUCUUACCAAGCAAAGAUAUUUUAUUAAUUUUUGUUCGAGAAAAAAAUACCGAAAAUGAUUUCCUAAAUCAUCUUUUGCCACUGAAUAUGAUGGAAUUUUGGAAAGAUAUUAUAUUUUUACUAUGCGAAAAAGGAAUGAUGGAAACAGUUAUUUUGGAAUUACUCGAUUUAAUAGAUAACGAAGAAGUAAAUAAAGACAGAAGAUCUUCAGCUUCUUUAUGGAUUAGUUCUAUAUGUUACAGUUUUGUGAAACUAGAUGUUGCCCACAGUAUAUCUCGAACUUUAGAAUAUGAGAUGGAAACGACGCAAAAAAAGUUAUCGCCAAAAGCUUUUGAACACAAAGUGAAGGAAGAAACGCAUCGUAUUUAUCCGCAUCUAAAAUAUACUCUAUGGUUUAAUUUAUCAAAUAUAGUGUUACCUUGUUUAACUAACAUCAAAUUAGUUUCAAAAUUUAUAUUAAACGCAAAUAAGUUCUCUAUUAAAUUUAUUGCACCAAUAUUGGAAUUAAUAAAUCCAAAACUAGACGACGAGAAGAAACAAUUAUUAUUAAAUUUGCUGAACAUUUAUGCAGAAGGAAACAUAACGAACGAUGAAAGUUCUAGCGAAUGUCAACAAAUUUUUACUCUUAAAGAUAUUCAUAAUCAAUUUGACGAUCAUGUUCUAAAUGUAGAUAAUGAACAAGAUAGAACAUCUCAUUUUUUAACCGAUCAAAAGGUUCGAAAUUCUUGUUGGAAAUUACCACUUAUAAAUUACUGUUGGCCGAACUGUCCAAUUGGUUUACUUCCUUGGCAAGUCGAUUCGAUGGAGGUCUUAAAUCCUCUUAGGAAAGUAUCGCAAAAGCACAGUGUUUCGACUUUAGAGUCCGAAAUUACUCCUGGAAUUGUAGAUAGCAAAGAUUUAAGAAUGCAAAGUCAAAUUAAUUGGGAUAAUGUUCUCAGAAAGAAGAAACGUUUAAAACGAAAGCAUGAACGAAGAAAUGCAGAUAUUAUAAUAAAUAGAGCACUGGAGACUGCAAAGAAACAAAAAUAGC